AACUCCAUCUAUCUGAUGGAUAGAAUAUGAAUUUUGGUUCAAAUAUGUUUGUUUUUAUGUAGAUUUUAGAGUCAUAAAGCAACUGAGGAAAAACAAAAUUUCUACUUUUUAUACCACUUGAAUGAAGAAAAUUGCAAUUUUUGUUAACUCUGUCAGAUUUUUGUCUAACGUAAACUCCGUCAGAGUACUGGAAGAUCUGAUAGAAUGGUUAUGUUUAUAUUGGGGAUUUAAAAAUGGAUCAUGUUUCAUAUUUUGUGUGGCUCGUCAAAUCUGUCACUGAUGGCUAAACCCCCUUAAUAUACAUUUUAUUUGUCAAUAUUCUGAAAAAUAUGUUUAAGGACUGUUCUGCAACAUAUGCUUAAACUAUUGAAGCAUUUGCUGUACUAGACCUAAGGGAUGAUGUUUGCUUUAUACAUGUUUUUUAUAUAUUCUGAAUCUAGAAAAACUUGCCAAAAUGCUAAUAGUAUUAGCCCUGAGUGGACAAAAUAUUAGGUACACCUUCCUAAUAUUGAGUUGCACCACCCUUUUGCCAUCAGAACAGCCUCAUUUUGUUGGGGCAUGGACUCUACAAGGUGUCAAAAGAGUUCCACAGGGAUGCUGGCCCAUGUUGAUUCCAGUGCUUCCCACAGUUGUGUCAAGUUGGCUGGAUGUCCUUUGGGUGGGAGACCAUUCUUGAUACACACAGGAAACUGUUGAGUGUGAAAAAGCCAGCAGCGUUUCAGUUCUUGACACAUUCAAACCAGUGCACCUGGCACCUACUACCAUACCCUGUUCAAAGGCGCUUACAUUUCUUGUCUUGCCCAUUCACCCUCUGAAUGGAACACAUACAUAAUCCAUGUCUCAAUUGUCUCAAGGCUUAAAAAUCCUUCUUUAACCUACUUCUCCCUGAUUGAAGUGGAUUUAAUAGGUGACAUCAGUAAGGGAUUAUAGCUUUCACCUGGAUUCACCUGAUCAGUCUAUCUAUGCCAUGUAAAAAGCAGGUGUUCCUAAUGCUAUAAAACAAAACAAAAAAAAUAUUUGUAUUAUAUAGUUCAAUAAUCUAAUGUUAGACUCAAACAAUCAAAGUCUUUAAACUUGUUGGACAAUAAAUAUAAAAAAGAAAUGUCUUACAGAGUGGACAUAAAUCCAGUUAGGUGCAUUUUAUGAAACAAAUCUAGAAUUGGUAGGUUGUUCCCUUACAUGGUGUGAUAGCUGAUACUUUGGUCUAUCAAAAUAUAUAAUUCCAAUUUUGUUAAUAUUAAUACAAAUAUUUGUGAAAAAACUAGUUGAGAUUGUCCUGUUUUUCAAGAAUCCCUGAUCUACAUAUUUAAUUUCUGAAUGCUAACACCCUAUUUCAGCCUACAUAUUUCCAUUAUUAAAAUGGAUUACAUGAAAAUGAAAUCCUUUACUUACAAUAUUAUAUUUUAAAUGUUAUGAUAUUAUUUGAUAUUGUCUGCCAUUUAGAUUAAGCAGAUUUUUUAAGAAGCAACAUUUUCAUCAUAGCCCAAGUGGUACUGUAGCUCCAUUCCAGUGGCUCUAUAGCUCCAGGUUUUGUGUUAUGGAAUCCAUUAGCCCCCUAUCUCCCCAAGGCAGGUAGCUGCUCCCUGAUUUGCUUCCUGGUGUCUGACUCAGCCUUUAUUACAGCAAGCCGAGCAUCAGCCUGAAAGCAGCGUUAGCCCAUCCUGAUUGGCUCACACAGUGAGCGUGUGUGUAUCCAUCCAUUACUAAUGACACAUACACAUACUAUGCUAAAUUGUAUUGUACUUUUUGAGGAAAAAAUAUAUUUUUUGUGGAGUUAGAGGUAUCCGCAGAACCUGAAGUUGCUUCCCUUCUCUCACAUCAUCUCUGAGGUGCUUUUGGACUGGGAGUGGCACUGUGCUUUGUGCGUGAAGGGUCCUUCAGCCUCCGGUGAGGGAGCGGAUUGACGAAGGAGAGUGGUGGAGAGUAGAGCAGAGGAGGGGAGAGAGGAGAGCCGAAGCUGCACACACCCUGAGAUGCUCUGCUGGCUAAGAGAGGAGGAGAUGUCUCUGCAGGAGUUCCAGCAGCGUGUGGGCUGUGUCAUCACACAUGUCGAUGAGAUCAUGCAGCAGGAGAUCAGGCCCCUGCUUGCUGUCGACAUCAUAGAGCAGCUGCAUCGGCAGUUUGCCCUGCUCUCAGGAGGAAGAGGGAAAGAUGGCGCCCCCAUCAUCACCUUCCCUGAAUACUCAGGCUUCGGCGACCUCCUAGACGAGGACUUCCAGAAUGUUGUCACAUAUCUGACUAGCAUCCCCAGUUUGGACGCUGCCAGCAUCGGUUUCGUUAUAAUCAUCGACCGCAGGCGGGACAAAUGGAGCUCAGUGAAGGCCUCGCUGACGCGGAUAGCGGGGGCAUUUCCAGGGAACCUCCAGCUGGUGUUGGUGCUGAGGCCCUCCCGUUUCUUCCAGAGGGCCGUCGCUGACAUAGGCAUUAAGCUGCACCGGGAUGACUUUAAAAUGAAGAUUGUGAUGCUUAACUCCCUGUCUGACUUACAUGGCUACGUAGAUAAGGGCCAGCUAACAUGUGAGCUUGGUGGGAACCUGGAGUACUGUCACAGUCAGUGGAUCCACCACCGGACAGCCAUUGAGAACUUUGCUGUGACAGUGAAGACCACAGCCCAAAUGCUGCAGAAGUUUGGCACAGAUCUGGCCGAGACGGAGCUGCCUAAUGACGUGCAGUACACCAAAGACCUGCUAACUACUCACACUGAGAAGCAUGACAAACUGAAGGAUGAACUGAAAUUAGCGGUGCAACAGGGGACUACUCUGCUGGGCUGUAUCAAAGAGCAGGCCGCGAAGUCUGAGAACCACAAACUAAACCCAGACGAGAUGGAGAACCAGACUACAGUGGAAAGGUUGUUGGCCCAGCUGGAUGAGACAGAAAAUGCUUUCCAACAGUUCUGGUCCAAACAUCACCUCAAACUGGAGCAGUGCCUGCAGUUACGUCAUUUUGAACAUGACUUCCGAGAGGUGAAAGUGUCAUUGGACAGUCUGAUGGACACUCUGACUUCCCUGUCAGAUAUUGGGGACUGUGUCACCCGAGUGGAGAUGUUACUGAACGACCUCAAUACCUUAGAGGAGAAGGCUCAGGAGUCGUUAGAGAAGGCCCAGCUCCAUGCCCUACACGGGGACCAGCUGAUCCAGAGCAACCACUAUGCUGUGGACUCCAUACGGCCCAAGUGUGUGGAGCUCCGACGCAUCUGUGACGACUUCACCAACGAGGCCAAGAAGAAAUACGAUAUCCUCUCCAAAUCAAACCAAAUACACAAAGGCAUAGACAAGGUGAACCAGUGGUGUGAGUCGGGGGUGUAUCUGCUGGCCUCUCAGGCAGUGGACAAGUGCCAGUCCCAGGAUGGGGCUGAGGCAGCGCUGCAGGACAUUGAGAAGUUCCUGGAGACGGCCAAGGAGAACCAACUGAGUGACCUCAAGAACAUCCACAACCAGUAUGAGCUAGUCCUCAACGCUGAAGUCAAGGCCAAUGUAAAGAAGGCUCUAAAAAGGUUGGACGAUGUACAGGAGAUGUUUGAGAAGAGACAGGUCAGUCUGAAGAAGCUGUCGGCGAAACAGACCCGGCCCAUCCAGCCUGUGGCACCCCGGCCUGAGUCUUCUCCCAAUCGCCACGCGCCCUCCAAAACACCCAGGACCACCGGCCCUGCCCCUGCACUCAGUCGAAGGACCUCAGAGAACUCCAGUGCCACAAAGCAGCCCACGGAGGCUGAGCUUGCCAAAAAGAAACAUUUAAGUCGCAAAGUCAAAGGGGGCCUCAAGAUUGAGGUAAUGCAUGAGGCAAGCCAGGGAGGCUCCAGCCACAUCCUGGUGACGAACGAGACAGAGGAGAGUCUUUCAACCAGGCGGAGACACAUCAUGAAUGAGCUGAUUGAAACUGAGAGGCUGUACGUCGAGGAGCUGCAGAGCAUCAUGGAGGGGUACGCUGCCGAGCUGGACAACACAGAGCUUUCCCCCCUAAUCCCUACAGCACUGGAGAACAAGAAAGAUGUGCUUUUUGGCAAUCUCCCAGAAAUAUAUGAAUUUCACAACAGGACUUUUUUCAAAGAGCUUGAAAACUGCAUGGAGAGGCCAGAGUUGGUGGGGACUUGCUUUUUGAAAAGGAAAGAAGAGCUGCAGAUCUAUGAGAAAUACUGUCAGAACAAGCCCCGAUCAGAGGCCCUGUGGAGACAGUGUGGUGACAGCCUGUUUUUCCAGGAAUGUCAGAAGAAGCUGGACCACAAACUCUCCCUGGAUGCAUAUUUACUCAAGCCUGUGCAGAGGAUCACCAAGUACCAGCUGAUGCUCAAGGAGAUGCUGAAAUGCAGUAAGAAUCAGGAGGGUACUGCUGAGUUGGAGGAGGCCCUGGCCACCAUGCUGGACAUCAUCAAAUCUGUCAAUGACUCCAUGCAUCAGAUCGCCAUAACAGGAUUUGAGGGAAACCUUAGUGAGCUGGGGAAGCUUCUGAUGCAGGGCUCGUUCAACGUGUGGACGGACCACAAGAAGGGCCACAGCAAGGUGAAGGACCUGGCCCGCUUCAAGCCCAUGCAGAGGCACCUGUUCCUCUACAAUAAGAUGCUGCUCUUCUGUAAGAAGCGGGAGGAGACCACAGACGAGAAGCCAUCCCCCUCCUAUAGCUUCAAGCACUCACUAAAGAUGAGUGCCGUGGGAAUCACAGAAAAUGUCAAAGGAGACAUUAAGAAGUUCGAGGUCUGGUAUAAUGGCAGAGAGGAAGUCUAUAUCAUUCAGGCUCCCUCCAUGGAUGUGAAGAACAUGUGGGUGUCAGAGAUCCGAAAAGUUCUGACGGGCCAGCUCGAAGCUUGCAGAGAGGCUAGUCAACUCCAUCAGAAGAUCACUGAGAAUGUGUAUCAUGCUCCCAUGAGAAACAUGCGCAAAAUGGCCCUGAGGCAGUCGGACUCGUCUAGCCCGGAGACAGGCUUCAGGAGGAGCAACCCCAGCCCCAACAUGAGACAGAAACGAGCUGAGGCUUCUGCAACUAAUAACCCUGACCACAAUGCUGCUCUUGCUAGAAAGCGCUUCACCUUGCAGGGCCUCUCUAAUAGAAGGUCUCUUCCCUCAGCCGAUCCUCCAUCUAAGGUGACAGAUGUCACGCGCCGCUUCUCUUUAGCCUCCUCUAUCAGUGUCUCCGCCACCAGACGCACAAAAGGUCCUCCUUCAACUCAUGUUAAAAAGACCAAAAGACAUGAGAUAAAGAGUGAUCCAACACCAUUCGGUUAUGAAGAUACAUUACGCAGUGCUAUCCCUGCUGCGAGCAGACACAAAGGCACCACAAGCACUGAUUCAGCUGUGCCUAGGUCCACUUCUCAACCAGGCUGGACACAACGUUGUUUGCCUUCAAUGGACACAGAGGACUUUGAAACCAUCCAUUCGAGUGCAGAGGAGCUCUCCAACUCUUCGGAUGGUGAGGACCAGUCCAGUAAUAAAAAUGUGGACAAUGAUCGCUUCCGUGUCCAGUUGACGUACGAGUCGAGGACAGCGCAGGACCUGUCUCUGGAGUCAGGAGAUUUAGUACAGUUCCUGGAUGAGGCAGAGAAUGGCCACUGGCUAGUCAAGAAUCUUAUUACUCAGAAGACAGGUCUGGUACCACCCAGUAUACUUCAGACAGCAGCAGAAGGAGGUCACUCAUACUGUAACACUACUGAUAUCUUCAGUGACAUGUGCACAGCAGCUCUGUCUGACUCAGAGGAAAAUGAAACCAGUACGUGGGGAGAUGUAUCUCAGGAAAGUAGAUAAGCAUGAUGGACCAUUUGGCCAUGAACUUCUGGAACAUGCUGUUUGCCCAACUUGGUCAAGCUUCAAAGUGGGGGAGCAAUUUCAGCUGCUGUGCUCAGACAGAGAAAAAGCAAGUCUGAAGUCAAGUCAAUAGUGGUGUAGGUGCCCUCUGUUGUUGCUAUGCUACACUGAAAAUAAGACUUUUGCUCGGGUCAGCUUCUGAGAUUAAAGAAAAUAACUUUUACCAUCAUUUUGCCAUGUGUCAAACCCUGUACUUGAUUAGUGCUCUCAAAGAUAUUCUGAUGUGCCUUUGCUGCACACCACACUCCCUCCUGUGGCCUAAUCAAGGGUGUAUUCAUUAUGUCUUGCAACGGAAACCGUUUACCGUUUAAGAACCAAACAGAAACAAACAGAGCAAACAGAAUGAAAUGGGUAGGGAAUUACCUGAAUUUGUCCAAUAGAAACUUUAGUUUUUGUUGGAAAACGUUUUGCAACAGAAUAGGCAUAAUGAAUACACCCCAGGUAACCUUUUGUGAGGAGGGUCAUCCUGAACACAGUGGGCCAGGAAGUACCACCAUGGAAACUGGAGUUUUCUCCAUCGAGGGGGAAUAUGUUUGAUCUAUAGACUUAAUUGGAGACAAGCUUGAUUGUAUUCUUACCUUUUAAAAAUCCUUAAAGUAUAAAUUUCUUCAAACUUUGUUUCGUCCUGCUGAAUUCCUUGCCCGUUCAGUUGUUUUAUAAAUAACUGAGGGAUUUCUCAUUUUGCAAAAGAUAUUAUUCUAUUCCCUGAACAACAUAAAUAGCUCUUUACUUCAUCUUAUGUACACACGUAAUAUAUUUUUUUUUUCACUAGUGUAAAAUUUGUCUAUAACUAUUCUAUAAAUAUCAAUUCCCAACUGAUCAUUAUAUAAGUAUUCAUGCCAUCUUCUUUCAGAUUUUGGCUUGUGCCUCCCUAUUGGAUUCAUCUCAAAUCUACUGUAUGUCCUUGUUGGAAUGUAGUGAAUUUACCCAUGAAAUAGCAUCUUAUGGUUGAUUAUGAUUACAGGCAUUGAACAUAGCAUUGAACUUAUUCUAACAAUGCACUAUCAUUCUAAUGAAAAUAUUCAAAUUUUACUGUACAGAAUAUUUAUUGCUAUACGCUAUGUUCCCAAUAUAUAAUGUUUUACUAUUAUACAUAUUUAAGAACUAGCUAAGAGCCAUCAUAUGACUCAUAUGAUCCUUCAACAGUUUAUCAUCUGACUUUUGUAUAAAUAUCAGUGUUUCUAAGCCAUAGAAUGGCAUUGAAAGCCCCAGAUAUUAUAUAACAUACCUGAGAUUGUCUACCGCCACAGUAUAGCAAUCUUGUAAUAUAAAAAGCUGUAUUGCUACUGCAAACAUUUUUGUAUUUAUUUAUUUGACUUUUAUAUCCAGGUUAGUCAUUGAGAAGCAAUUAUUUUUCACAAUAACAACAUAUUCAAUGAACUUGUCGCAUCAUCUCAAUGUGAUUAAAUCUUCUCUGAAUAUGACCGUCAAGGAACAUUUCAACAGUGUUUUAACAAUUUGGGGUGUUUUAAGAAUUGGAAGACACUGAAAGUUAUCAGCACAUUCUCAAAGGGACUGAAGACAGAGGAAACUCUUGAUGCAGUGUGGUAAAUCCUGGUGAUGGAAUGUGAAGAAGAGGUCUGGACCUUUGCAAAAAAUGUCUAAGACGUUAUGAAAAUCAGUCAAAAGGCAAUGAAUUCCCACAAAGAAGCUGCCUUUUUAGACAGGUUUUUGACUCAGUUGUGAUGAUUUAAGCCUGUGUUAAAAUGAAAUGUCAUUAUUUACGGAGAAAUCAGAAUAAAUCUGUGACUGUUUUUAUGGACCAUGCCAUCUAAGUUAUGUGUAAAUUAUUUUUUCUGUAAAGUAUAUGAUGAAAUACAUGCGUCUUGAAAUCCA